AUGAAAGAACGACGGGAAAACGAUGAGGAGCAGUGUCUCAAGUUAUUUGCAUUGUACCAAAAUAUUUUUGAGGUCUACGAUCUGUAUAAGGAUAUUUUUGAAAUAUUGACAUUUAGUCACGUUGUGGACAAAUUCGUUCGAACAUUGCUGUCUCUCUACAUCAUCAUUUUUAAAGUUAAAAAGUAUUUAAUAUCGGGCAGCCAGACCUCCGCCUUAUUUUAUGCGUGUGCAUCUAUAUGGCUUUCAAAAGUUGGAUUGCUAACAAUUAUCCACGUAAUAUACAGUGAAAAGUUCUACAAAGCGGUCGGCGAAGCUGAAUCGGCUUGCAUACAACUCAUGAAGAAUAGAAACUAUUCACAAGGUCAAGAGCGGCUGUUUGAGAAUGUGAAUCACAUGAACCGCACGUUCAGUAAGAUGAACUCAUGCGGACUGUUCUGUGUCGACGCGACCCUCAUACUGUGCCUCAUGGGAGCCAUUACUGACUACGCUGUUGUCCUACUGCAGUUUACCUUCCUGUAG